GGCGUGCGCGAUCUCGUCGCUCAGAUGAUUGGCGCAUCCUCCACAGGUGGAGAGGAAGGGGAAGUGUCAUCUGCAAAGUUGUUAUCUUUAUUAGGCCCUUUGAGGCCUAUAUUACUGUUUCGACGACAAGAAAGAAACAUGAAGGGAAUGGACAUUUUUCCAGUACCUACUAUAACCUGAACAAGAUGUUGGGGCGGAAGCAGAGCCUUAGGGGGGAACCCAUCCUCACAGACUAUGGACCUGAUGAAACUCUCAAUGAAAGUUCAGAUAUUGAAUGGGUUAACAAAGCAUGGGUGCGAUGGCUGCUUCGUGUUUGUUCUCUGGUGUCGCUGGUAUCUGUAUCAGCAAACACUCCUCGCUCAAAGGAGCUAUAUCCGAGUCUAAGUUAUAUUACGUUUUGUGCAGAUCUUGUUAUUACUUUUCUUUUUACUGCAGAGAUGAUAGCCAAAAUGCAAGCUCGUGGCAUUUUAAAGGGUGAAGUACCAUAUCUUAAGGAUCGCUGGUGCCAGUAUGAUGCAAGUAUGGUUUUCUUCCUUUGGAUGUCAGUAAUUCUUCAAAUGUUUGAAAUAAUGACAGAAUGGGUGAACAAACACAGCUAUCUAUCAGUUCUGCGAGCUCCUAGACCACUCAUUGUUGUUCGGCUCAUACGUAUAUUUCUCAAGUCUUCUAUGCCCAAGCAAAGACUGAAUCAAAUUGUUAAGCGAUCAAGUCAACAGAUCUACAAUGUUACUUUAUUUUUCUUGUUCUUUAUGUCAUUGUAUGGUCUCCUUGGUGUCCAGCUAUUUGGAGAACUGAGGAAUCAUUGUGUCAAAAAUGGCACCGAUAUAAACAGGCAGAUUACCCUGAACAACCUGGCCAUUCCUGACACAUUUUGCUCCACUGAACCAGACUCAGGUUAUCAGUGUCCAGAGGGCAUGAUAUGUGCUCCCCUUGAGCUUGAGAAGAAAGUUAGUGGCUUUAAUGGAUUUGAUAACAUUGCUACCAGUAUUUUUACUGUUUAUCAAGCUGCCUCACAAGAAGGUUGGGUAUUCAUCAUGUACAGAGCCAUAGAUUCAUUACCAGGAUGGAGAGCAACAUUCUUCUUUACUACCAUGAUAUUCUUCCUCUCAUGGCUUGUUAAAAACGUUUUCAUUGCUGUUAUUACGGAAACCUUCAAUGAGAUGAGAGUGCAAUUCCAACAGAUAUGGGGUAUUCGAGGCCAUAUUGAACAAGAAGUUUCAACGCAGAUACUUUCUGGUGAUGACCACGGUUGGAAACUUGUAUUUGUUGAUGACAACAAACCUCGUGGUUGGGCACCAAAAUGUUGUAUGAAAUUUGUGGUCAGUGCUGGUUUUUAUCUUGUCAUCAUGGCUGCUAUUAUUGCCAAUGCUAUAGCUGCUGCCUCUCUGAGCUUUAAGCAUGAUGGACGAGAAAGAAGAGAAUUUUAUCAACAUUAUUACUAUAUGGAGGUUGGAUUUACAAUAUUUUUUGAUGUGGAAGUGAUUUUCAAAAUAUGGUGUUUAGGACUUCGAGGCUAUUGGCGUCUCACUAUACAUAAGUUUGAGUUUCUUUUAGCAGUUGGGACAACACUGAGAAUUCUUCCUUUCUAUGACCUGUUUAUGACUUCUCUUACAUAUUUUCAAGUCUUGAGGCUUGUACGACUGAUCAAGGCCUCUCCAAUUUUAGAAGAUUUUGUUUACAAGAUUUUUGGUCCAGGGAAGAAACUAGGAAGUCUCAUCCUUUUCACUAUGUGCCUCCUCCUCAUAACCUCAUCCAUCUCAAUGCAGCUGUUUUGCUUCUUGGAAAAUUAUGAUAAAUUUGAAACAUUUGCAAAUGCGUUCAUGUCAAUGUUUCAAAUAUUGACACAAGAAGGAUGGGUAGAAGUCAUGGAUGAAACAAUGAUCAAGACAAUGACAGGGACCACUGAUGAAAUUGCACCUGUUGUUGCGAUAUAUUUCAUCCUGUAUCAUCUUUUUGUUACUCUGAUAGUGUUGAGCUUGUUUGUAGCUGUUAUUCUUGAUAACUUGGAACUUGAUGAAGACUUUAAGAAGCUCAAGCAAAUGAAAGCUCGAGAACAAAGUGCAGGUAUUCAAGAGACUUUACCUCUUCGACUUCGAGUAUUUGAAAAGUUUCCAGAUCGCCCAACAAUGGCUAGGCUCCACAAAGUGCCAUCAGAUUUUUCCUUGCCAAAGAUACGGGAAAGUUUCAUGAGGCAAUAUCUUGAAGAGGAUCAAGAAGAUGAAGAUGGAUUAACGAAGGCUCAUGGAGUAGGAGGUCUUGAGGAUUCCUCUAUCACAUAUCGUAAAAGAAGGCCUGUGAAGUUACUUACUCCUAUAUCUCAUCCACGUAAUGCUGAUUAUGAAAAGAAGAAAACAGGAGUUUCCAAUAUUAUUAGUGAUGCAAACAACCAGAGGCUUUUAUUAGGAGAUUCUGGGCAGAUCCCAUUGCCAGGAAAAGGAACUCAUUCUCAUGGCACUGUGUCAUCAAAACAUGGCCGUCUUGACCAGAAGUCAAUCCGUCGCAGUGUUCGAGGAUCUGUCAAGCUCAAGCAGCAGAAUUAUGAUCAUCUGAAGGAAAACGGAGACAUUGGAGCCAUGAAUCGAACAUCAUCCAGUCGCAAACCUCAAGACCUAGACAUUAAAAUGCUUCAAGCAAAAAGACAACAAGCAGAGAUGAGAAGAAAUCAGCGAGAAGAAGACCUUCGUGAAAAUCACCCAUAUUUUGAUACACCUCUCUUUGCUGUUGGACGUGAAAGUCAGUUCAGGAAACUGUGUCAAGUCAUUGUAUAUUCACGUUAUGAUACAAGUCAUAAGGAUCCAAUUACUGGAAAAGAGAGAAAGAUCAAAUACAAACGUUUACACAAUCUUCUUGGCUUAGUUACAUACCUUGACUGGGUGAUGAUAUUAGUAACAACGCUAUCGUGCAUCUCUCUCAUGUUUGAAACACCAACAUAUCGUAUUACAGAUGCACCAAUAUUGCAGAUUGCAGAGUAUGCAUUUGUUGUUUGUAUGAGCAUUGAGCUGUGUUUAAAGAUCUUAGCAGAUGGAUUACUCUUCACACCAAAGGCACUGAUUCGGGACAUGGCUGGAGUGUUGGAUCUCUUCAUCUUUACGGUUUCCUUAGUAUUUUCAUGUUGGAUGCCAAAGGAAGUACCUGCACAAUCAGGUAUUCAACUUCUUCUAAUCUUAAGAUGUUUAAGACCUCUUCGUAUCUUCAACCUUGUUCCCCAUAUGAGGAAAGUAGUGUCGGAGCUGUGCAAAGGUUUUAAAGAAAUUCUGUUGGUAUCCAUUCUUCUUAUAGUACUCCUAUUUGUAUUUGCAAGUUAUGGAGUACAGUUAUAUGGAGGGCGCCUUGCUCGCUGCAAUGACAGCACAAUCACUGAAAGGAAAGACUGUAUAGGAGUAUUUGUAAGGGAGAUUUUUGUUACCAAAAUGAAAUUAGGCCUUGGAGAAAACGAGAAGCACCCAGCAAUGUUGGUACCUAGAGUGUGGGCCAACCCCAGACGCUUCAACUUUGACAACAUUGGAAAUGCAAUGCUGGCCCUGUUUGAAGUACUUUCAUUCAAGGGCUGGCUAGAUAUUCGAGAUGUUUUAAAAAUCCGUCUUGGCAUCGCCUCAACCAUCUACAUCCACAUUUUUGUAUUCCUUGGAUGCAUGAUUGGGCUUACAUUGUUUGUUGGUGUUGUGAUUGCCAAUUAUUCUGAGAACAAAGGAACAGCUCUUCUCACAGUAGACCAACGAAGGUGGUGUGACCUAAAGAAAAGAUUAAAGAUUGCUCAACCCUUACAUCUACCACCCCGACCAGAUGGCAGAGCAUUUCGGGCAUCUAUAUAUGACAUUACCCAGAACAUAUACUUCAAACGCUUUGUUGCAAUAUCUGUAAUCUUUAACAGCUGUUUACUAUGUGUUGCUUGGAAGAAUGAUGCAGCUCAAACACAAUACCUGGCAAUUUUGUCAUCACUGCUAAACUUUGUAUUUGUGGUGGAAGUUGUGAUGAAACUUAUAGCCUUUACACCCCGUGGAUAUUGGCAAAGCAGACGGAAUCGUUAUGAUUUGUUUGUCACUGUUCUUGGUGUUGUAUGGAUUAUCUUAAAUUUUACAAUUCGUACGGAUGAAUCACACAUGUUUGGAUUCAUGGUGAUCAUUCUCAGAUUCUUCACAAUUACUGGCAAACAUGCAACUCUGAAAAUGCUAAUGUUAACAGUAGGUGUAUCUGUCUACAAAAGUUUCUUCAUUAUCAUGGGGAUGUUCCUUCUUAUUCUAUCUUAUGCCUUGGCUGGAUGCAUCUUGUUUGGUACUGUCAAGUAUGGAGAAGGCAUUGGCAGGCAAGCCAACUUCCAGACAGCAACCAAUGGCAUCACAUUACUGUUUCGCAUUGUUACCGGAGAGGACUGGAACAAGAUUAUGCAUGACUGUAUGGUUGCACCUCCAUUUUGCACUGAAGGGCUUAAUUACUGGGAUACUGACUGUGGUAACUUUACUGGCUCCCUCAUCUUCUUCUGCUCCUUCUAUGUUAUCAUCACGUACAUUGUGCUGAAUUUACUGGUUGCUAUCAUCAUGGAGAACUUCUCUUUAUUUUAUUCCAAUGAAGAAGAUGCUUUACUUUCCUAUGCUGAUAUCCGUAAUUUUCAAAAUACUUGGAAUGUAGUUGAUGUGAAUCAGCGAGGUGUUAUUCCUGUAAGAAAGGUGAAAUUUAUUCUGCGUCUUCUGAAAGGCAGACUGGAAGUAGAUCCAGAAAAGGACAGAUUACUUUUCAAACACAUGUGCUAUGAAUUAGAACGCUUGCACAAUGGAGAUGAUGUUACCUUCCAUGAUGUACUCAACAUGCUGUCAUACAGGAGUGUAGAUAUCCGAAAAUCACUCCAGCUUGAAGAACUGAUGGCAAGAGAAGAGUUGGAAUACAUCAUAGAAGAAGAAGUUGCAAAACAAACCAUUAGGAACUGGCUUGAUAACUGCCUCAAACGUAUAAGAGCUCAAAAGGAACAAACCUCAUUACUUGCACGAUUGCGAGAAACAAAUGACUUCCUGAUGGUUGAAGACAAGAAAGUUCCGCCAUGUGAUAAAGAAAGAGAAACUGAAAACAAGGAUGCUGAUCGAACAAGGGAGAGAAAGAAAGGCAUUAUUAUAAUGUCCAGAACGGACUCAAUGACAAGUAUUAGUGGAAGGAAUUUCUUAGCCCCAACUCCAUCGGAUGCUUCAUCACGAGCUGAGAAACACACACGACAUGAUUCAAAAUCAAGAAAGAGGCGGCUCUCUGGUAGCAGUAAAAAUCUUCCCCACGUUAGUGAAGGAGGAGAAGGGAUUACAAUAGUCAAUGGAGGACAGCUGAGUAGUGACAUUUCAAGUAACAAAGCGGUUCUUCCUCGCUCAGCCUCAGGAUCUGGUGAAGUGAGAGACUGGUGGAGGCAGCAAGUUGAUUAUGAUUCAGGGUCAGACUUCAGUGAUGAUAUGGAAUAAGGGAACAAAAUGUUUGUAAAUCUUAUACUCCUUGAUUAUUACUAUUUUUGUGACAGAUCUUUGCACAUACAGAGGCAUAGACCAAUUAACUCCCAUGCACUUGUAUAGUAAAUUUGUAAACAGUGGAAACCUAAAAUCAGUAUAUUAAUAGAAGUUUAUCUAGAUUUGGUUUUGCGAAAGGGAAAGACAGAUUUCAUAAAAAUUGUUUUCUGUUUUUUUGUUUUUUUCAGUGUUUACCCCAUUUGUUUUUUAUACAAAUUAAGUUUCCUUUCUUAAAUAGACGCUUUUUUUUUUUUACCUAUUUUUUUUAUUAUACAUCUGCCAUUCAGGUCAUACUAUGCAUUUUCAUGUUUCACUGUCUUUCUACAUGAAGAAUCACCCAAGAUAUUUGUAUAUUUUAAUGCCCCUGACCCGGGUUUGAGUUGCAGUUUCUGUUUUAAUUUUGGUUGACAGGUGCACAGGAAUCUGGUAAUUUGUAGCUUUACACAGAUUCAAUCAACUUAUCGUCAGAGCCCCUUAGUUUAAGAUGUAUCACAGAGUCUCAAGAAUUCUCUGUGAAAUGGAGAUGCCAAAAGCACUAAGCUAAAAGUUGUUAUCCUGCAGCAUUUUGACUGCAGUCUCUUCUUAUAUGUUAUAUUGAGAUUACCAAAUUGAUGGAAAAAUGAAAAAAAAAGAAAAAAAUAAAUAAAAUUUUGAAUUUUUGCUCUGUUAUCAAAAUUCUAUUACUUUUGUUUUUGAAAUGUGUUUUUAUUUUUAUGAUAAUAUAAAAAUAAGAUAAUAGUCUGUGCAGCAUUUAUUUGAUAGAGCCUUAAAUGUACCUGAGUGGGUAUUAGUUUGUUAGGAAAUUUAUUAGAUAAAUAUGCCUAUUUUAGGUUAUAUCUUGUUGAAAGUUGACCAAAUAAAAUUCUUCCCUAGCCAUAGACUAGGUACUAGUAAUCGAAUGUUAUACAAUUUUAGAAUGUAUUUUAUUAUUGUUCAGAAGGGAAUGGAUAACUUAAAUAAUCCUCUAUUAUAGAAUCUAAAAUUCCAUCCAGAGAAUAUUUAAUUAGAGUAUAUAUUUACAUAUAACAACCAACCAAGUAUUUUAUAUAAAGCUUAUUCAUUUUUAUCUUGUGCCACACAGAAAAAAGCUAGGUGGACUGAUAGAUAGAUAAGCUGUGCAAUCCAAUAUUCUCUACAUAUCUCUGCACACACACUUGCCAACUAUAGUACAGGUGAACUCCAACCUUCUUGAUUUACAAAGUGUUACAGAGAAGGCAUAAUCAUUUUGGUUAAUCAUUAAAUGCCCACGGGUAAUUCUAUAUAUUAGUUUAUUGGUUUACAACACUGACAUAUUGCUAAGUCUAUGUGUUAACAUAAUAACUAUAAGUUUUUUGUUUUGUAUUUAUGAAGAUCAUAUUAAUUACAUUUAAGAUAUUUAGGUUGACAUCAUGCAGAUAAGGUCAGUGGAAUAGUUUUAAGAUACAUUCCUUAUGGAAAAUGUUGCCUGAGCAUUUUGUGGAGACCUGGUGAUAAUGGAAAA